GUGGAGGCACUUCACAAGGCUGGAUAAAGAAAACGCUGGUCAGAUGGGGUUGGACUUAUAUUAAAUUUUGUGGAAUAUGAUUGUACAGAAGCUCAAGCUAUUUCAAAAAUAUUUACUGAGGCUAUCCAGCUAACUCCUUCAGAAGGAAGCCUUUGCAAGAGGGACAGCCCUUCUGGGUUCAUACGGUUUUCUAAAAAAACCUCAGCAGGAAGUGGUGCAGUGUGGCGUGUGGUGUAGCCGACAACGCCCUUUCAAAGUGACUCGGUAGUCGGGUGCCUGCCUGCAUGUUUUCACACACCUGAAGUGUCUCUGACUGAGUAGCAGCCUGUCCUGUGAGCUGUGGUGUGAAAAGAAGGGGUGGCUGACAUCCUGUGCACAUUCUGCGCUCUCCUGAACUGACAAUAGAGUUUGCAUUACAUUACAUUACAUUACAGGCAUUUAGCAGACACUCUUAUCCACAGCGACUUACACAGCUUUUUACGCAGCAUUUAAAUUGCAGCCAUUUAUACAGCUGGAUAUUUACUGAAGCAAUGCAGGUUAAGUACCUUGCUCAAGGGUACAACGGCAGUUUCCUACCCAGGAACCGAACCUAUGACCUUUCUGUUACAAGCCCAGUUCCUUACCCACUAUGCUACACUGCCACCCCUAUGAGUGUUGCAGUGUGAGCCUGAUAUCACAGGAAGAAAAACGGGGAGGAUGUAGGCCAAAUAAUAAUAAAAAAAGACUGCUGUAACCUGUUCAUGCUCUGCGGUGAAGAAGGUCACUGACAGCUGUCUUCCUGUAUUUCAACAUAUGGGGGCAACAUAGCUCAGGAGGUAAGAGCGAUUGUCUAGCAGUCGGAAGGUUGCCGGUUCAAACCCCGCCCUGGGCGUGUCGAAGUGUCCUUGAGCAAGACACCUAACCCCUAACUGCUCUGGCGAAUGAGAGGCAUCAAUUGUAAAGCGCUUUGGAUAUAAGCGCUAUAUAAAUGCAGUCCAUUUACCAUUUCGGCACACCUGCGUACAUGUCCACAGCACCUUUGUUUGUAUUCAAAUAUUCACAUAUUUGUAUUUGCAUAAUAUUCACAUGUUCCUAAGAGCAAAAGACAUCCUUAAACCUCACCAUGUAAAACAUGUUUCCUGCAGCUGGAUUCAUACGGGAGAGGUAGUGAUUGUAUUGAGGCACUGAGAAAUGAAGUUUUGACCUGUGAUCUCGGGUAGCUUAGUAUCUCCUAAACGCCGCGUCAGCAUUGGAGCCCACCACUGAGUAGGCCUAGUUAAUGAAAAUUAUGACUGAAAUUAAGUUUUAUGCACAGGGACACCCUUUUUCUUGAGUGUACGAUUCAGAUCUAAUUCAGGGAUAACUUAAACUUUCUUGUAUACUCAUCUCCUUGGUCCCUGUUAAGGCAAGAAUACCUCCUCUUCCCGUAAAUCACUGCGUGAAACUUCGUUGUGGACAAGUGGAUGAGCUUGGUACCUGAUUUGUAGCGGUUACGGAACGCGUUACAAAAGCAAGAGAAUCUAGUAUCUGGAGUUCAUAACCAUUACAACACCCAGUUUCCUUUACAGCUCCGACUCGUUUCACGUGUGCUAGCGUAUACUGUACUUGUUGCUUGUGAACUGUAAUAUGUUUCUUUCCGUGUCUCUGGCAAAACAGAUAAUUGAAUCUCAAGAGGCUCCUAUUAAUAGCACUACCAGCAGGCGAGGCAACAGCGCUUUCCAGUGGCCACACCGAUAUUUUCAGUUUCGCAGUACGAGUUAAGUGCGCUGUUUUACACCCUGCCUUGUUUAGGAAGCGAGAAAAAAAUUAAUAAAAAAUACCGAGCGAGGAAAUGGCGUCAAUAAAGCUUUGAUUAAUAUGUUCUCUGAAAUAGCAUCACGUGUGCACAUCGUGUAGCCUAAUUAAAUUUUAAAGAAUUUAUUCUAGAGGUUUGCUGUAAUUUUUCAGGAAUUCCUGAAUGUGCUACGUGAUGCACAGGUAGGGUAGGACUAUUGCUAGCCAAGUAAUUAAUUGGUGGACAGCCUAGGGAUAUGCAUUUGCUCCUUUUUCCUUUUUGCAACCACGGAAGCAAACAGUGACAUAUUUCAUAAUCUGUUUAGUAUACAGCAGCCAUUGUAAAUGCUGUCUGCAACUCCACAUAUAAAACACCAGUGUAAAAAAAACAACUCUCAACAUUUUUCUUUGAUUGAACACAGGGUUCGACAUCGUUCGGUUGAAUCCGUCCACACGCUCGCGUUUUCAGAAGGUAACGUAACUUCCUUGUCAUCGACUCAGCCGAGGAUUGGUUAAUGCAACAGGAAGUGAUAAGUGUAAACGAGUUGACAGUUUCUUAUGUUUUCGACUUCCACUUCGCAGCGUGCAUUUAUUUUCGCGGUGUAUAAUAAAUCAAGCAAGGAUUUAAAAAAAAAGCUAAUAUCGCUUUGAAGUGCAGUUACUACUUGUCGUGGCAAAAUGGCUAUGUCGUCUUCUCAGCAGCUCGUGGUCGCUUUCACCGCUGUGCUUUUCGUGUUCGUGGUAUUCCCAAGGAUGUUUGGCAGCGGUGCAGGAUCAAAGGAAACAAGAGGCUUCGACCCUCGCUAUAACAGGAAAGGUCCAGGUCUCAGCCCGGGUCCACGAGGACAUCAGUUGAACGCGAACGCGGCAGGAUCAAAGGGGCAGACAAUCGAGAACAUGCAGCAGAUGAGGAAAGUUAUGGAGCACGAAAUGAAAAGCGAGAAAUACAAAGCAAACAGCAAGGGCUACGUCUUCACUCUUAUGCCGCUCUAUGCCAUCGGAGUAGGGAUCUUUGCGGUGUACAAGUUCAUAAAGAUUAAAUCAAAAGAGGACACCAAGACUGCAAAGGAGAAAACUGGCAAAGGUACAAAAAAGCCAGAGGAGACAGAAAACCAGCUGAAUGAACUGGAGCAGCGCUUGGCACAGACAGAAAAGAUGCUGAAUUCAAUACUCACUCAGCUGGAUCCACUGACAAACUGUGUGAAGUCUGUGGCAUUUGAGCAGAAGAACGAGAUCAUGUCCCAGCUGCAGAGCAUCCGGCACCUGAUGAAAAAGAGGGGCAUGGACUGUCCACCAAUCAACCUCGAAGAAUCCGGGUGCGAGAAGAACCUGGACGACCUCAUCGAGUCUCUGACCGCCCAGGAGCCGCGGCCGGAGGUCCCCGCGGCAGAGGAGGACGAGGGGAACGUCGGCGCUGAGGGCAGGACGGAGGGCGCUGAAGAAUCUCCUCUCGAGGACAAAGUAAACAAUGAGGAGGAGGAGGAGGAGGAGGAAGAGCAGGGAGGAGGAGGCUGCGACCAUGACCUUGACAUGCCCUCCUUAGAGGACUCCUGUGAGACAAACAUCGAGGAAGUCGGGAGUCUUCCGAGCGAAAGUCUGGGAACUGGCCUGAGGCGACGCAACAGACCGGAAUGAAAACGUGUUUUUACUCUGGAUAUGAAUUUCUGAUUAUUUAUUUUUUUUCAUGCUCAGUGUGGCGAUGGCCUGUUAGAAGACUCUUCCUCUUCACUGCAAGACACGUGUGGAAAUCCGGGAUGCAAAAAGCUUUGUUACUGCAUAUUUAUCGUGUGAAACCAUCAUAUUGUGAUGUAGUUAAGUGCUUCACGAUCGUUUUAUUACAUAAAGCUUUUAAAAUGCUGUCAUAUCAGAAUGCUGGCCUGUAGGAUUAAUAUCUGAAAGUUCUCAAUAAUAUAUAUUUGUAAUAUUUUUUAGAUAUGACUGCAAUGGCACGAGCCUCUUUUGGCAUGCACUGUGUGUUUGAAUGCAUAUAGUAUAUAUACACAUACUGCAUGCUGUCAUUGUUAGAAGUUUUAAUCCCCUAUCCUAAUGAAUGCAGUGUAUUUAUUGUGUGGGAUUAUUGCAAGUCCAGUACUCUUACCCGAUGUCCAUGAACACGGGGGGUUGGUUUUACGGACACCCGCUGGCCAUUUCAAGAGCCGGUCUAGAAGGUCUGGUUCCACGCCACUCAGAUCUUGAACGCGUUAUAUUUAUGUGCACUUAUUCUUGAGUAUUUAUUAAGCAAAUGCUAUCGUGCAGAGAAACCUACCUUCAUUAGCCUAAUGGCUAAAUAAAGUCCCUCAGGGCUCUGACUCUCCUUGUAGAUCAUACAAUUUCAGACCUCAAUUUCAGGGAGAGCAACAAAUGAAGACCAGAAUAAUUUCUGAGUAAGAGAAAUCAAGAAAUUAGCCUCUACGCUAUUAAAUAAAUAACUGAUAAUGCCGGCUUUGAAUAAAUUUACACUAUCAAGACAUAAUUAGCCAUUUAUCAGUUUAACAAUUGUUGUAUGGACUUGGGAAAUAAGAAAAAAAGACAUAUAGAUGUCUUCACCACUACAGAUUCACAUUUGUUUGUCUAUAUUUUGUAUGGUAUGGCCUGUGAUAUAUUGUCUUAAACUGUCUUUCGAUUUUCUUCACAGAUAUUUGUGUGUGGACAGGAGCACUGUGGCAUUAUGAGAAGCAAACCAUUUUGAAAUAACUGAGUGAACACUAUGCCUUACUGAAAUAAAUUAUAUGGUUCACAUAAUAUACUUUAACCUUUCA